AUGAUGCAGGACACUGGAAACGAUGUCACCGGACACAUCCAGGUUCUGAUGAUGGGCAAUGGUGACGAAGUCUACGUCAGAGGCCUGGAAGAUGCAGCACGACGUUAUCCUGGGCGAUUCUCCGGGAUGAGCUUCGAUCCAGUCGUGGAGCACCUGAUGUAUGCCGGCAGUGAUUUCCUGCUGAUGCCGUCGAGGUAUGAGCCGUGCGGGCUGCCUCAGAUGUGUGCGCAGCGCUACGGGACCGUCCCCAUCGUCACGCUCUGUGGCGGCUUGAAGGACUCGGUCGUUGUCGAUCCUCCGGAUGAAGCUACCGGGUUUGGCAUUUUGCCUUUGGCUUUUGACAAGUUCAAAGAAGUUGUGUACAAAGCUUGCGACACGUACUUCCACAAGAGAGACGAGUUCGAAGCAAUGCAGUGCCGUGGCUUCGCAACGGAUUUUUCCUGGUGUGCUCGCAUCGACGA